AUGCUGUAUUUUAUUAACGUAUUAGUGUAUCAUUACGAAACUCGGUAUGGGUCCGUUAAUCAACGUUUGAUCAGCAUUUUUGUUAAAAAAAUUAGUAUGGGUAAAAAAAAAAUUACAAAGUCUAAUUACAAUAUAAGCACCCUGAAACAAGCGAGAACACCCUCAGCUGAAACUGUAAUAUUAUAAUAUGCAACACUGCAUUUUGAGUUUGCGCUCUCGAAAACGGGAAAUGGUCCGAUUUACAGCAUAUUUUUGCAGCGGUGAGAAAUAGUAGCCAAUCACAUACAAGUUUGUUGACGUCUUGAACGCAAUGUUGGCCAAUCAGGAGUGUUUAAGUUAUAAUCCACUCACUGCUUGGAAAUGCUGGAGUUUGCUGAGUUGUGCUCACUGAAUCCUCUCAUUAAGAAACAAAGACACGAUUAGACGUGACUAUGAGGACAGAGACAGGGCCUGAGACUGAGGUGCCACCCCAAAAUAAGGGUACUGAAGUUACCAUUCCAGAGUCAGCCUCACAUGGUAAAAUGGCGAAACAGGAUGUCAAGCCUCAUGAUGAUUCCAGAGAUGUAGAAGAUGCAUCAGAGAGAACAACAUCCAACAAGAGCCCCAGAUCCACUCAGAAAGGCUCCAAACGUUCUAAGACCAUUCCCUUUAAAGUCACUCUUUUGGACAGCUCUGUUUAUGAAGAAAACAUUGAGAAACAGUGUAAAGGGCAAGUUCUUCUGGAUCGUGUGUGUGAACAUCUAAACUUGUUGGAGAAGGACUAUUUCGGCUUGAUCUUCACUGAUUCUGACAGUCAAAAGAACUGGUUGGACCUCUCCAAAGAGAUCAUGAAACAGAUGAGAACAUCUUCAUGGCAUUUUAUUUUUGCCAUCAAGUUCUAUCCACCGGACCCCUCCCAGCUAAUUGAAGACAUUACAAGGUGAGUAAAGUUAAACUCUACA